AAACUUCAGAGUUUGUUGGUUGUGGCUGAAGGUUGUAAAGUGGUUUGGGAAGUAGUGUGUUUGGGCGGAGGCAGACGCUACUACUGCUUGCUGCUUUUGCUGCAAGCAUGGGUUCAAACAGCGGAGAUGAUCUGUAUCCCUAUACAGGCCCCAUCAUUGAGUUUCAUGAUAACAGUACAGAUGGGUUUGGCUCAGGUGAUUACGAUGGUAAAGAACCGUGUUUCCGGCAAGAAAACGCAGAUUUCAACCGCAUCUUUCUACCUACGGUGUAUUCCAUCAUCUUUUUGACCGGCAUUGUGGGCAAUGGAUUGGUUAUCAUUGUCGUGGGUUACCAGAAGAAGUUGAGAAGCAUGACUGACAAGUACAGGCUGCACCUAUCGGUAGCUGAUCUUCUGUUUGUUAUCACUCUACCUUUUUGGGCUGUGGAUGCUGCUGCAAGCUGGUACUUUGGAAAUUUCCUGUGCAAGGCGGUACAUGUCAUAUAUACAGUCAAUCUGUAUGGCAGUGUCUUGAUUCUGGCUUUUAUUAGUUUAGAUCGAUACCUGGCAAUCGUUCAUGCAACCAACAGUCAGAGACCAAGAAAGUUGUUGGCAGAAAAGAUAGUAUAUUUAGGUGUGUGGCUGCCUGCUGUCCUGCUGACAGUUCCUGAUUUCAUUUUUGCCAAGACAAGUGAAGGUACUGGAAGGACUUUUUGUGACCGGCAGUACCCUCAUGAGAAGUGGAUUAUUUCUUUCCAGUUUCAGCAUAUCCUAGUUGGACUUGUUUUACCUGGCCUGAUCAUCCUGACAUGUUACUGCAUUAUCAUCUCCAAGUUGUCACAUUCUAAGGGUCACCAGAAACGAAAAGCUCUGAAGACAACAGUCAUACUUAUCCUGGCUUUUUUCGCCUGCUGGCUGCCUUACUAUAUUGGAAUCAGUAUAGACAUAUUUGUACUCCUGGAGGUGAUCAAGCAGGACUGUGAUUUUGACAACGCAGUGCACAAAUGGAUCUCCAUCACAGAGGCAGUGGCUUUUUUUCAUUGUUGUCUGAAUCCCAUCCUCUAUGCCUUCCUUGGUGCCAAAUUUAAAACUUCUGCACAGAAUGCACUGACAUCAGUUAGCAGAGGCUCAAGCCUUAAGAUACUUUCAAAGGGCAAAAGGGGAGGACAUUCUUCUGUUUCUACUGAGUCAGAAUCCUCAAGUUUCCACUCCAGCUAACACCAUCUUUCAAGACCUAAAGAAUUUUUUAUAAUAAAAGAACUUUUUUUUAAAGUUACACUUUUUUUAGAUACAAAAGACUGACCAUAAUGUACAGCUUAUUAUUUCCUGUUGGAAUUUGUUGGGUUUUUGUUUUUAUUUUUUACUUUAGGGAUGUUUUUGUUACGUGUAAUUGAUUUAUUUAUAUGCAUUUGUUAAUGUUCCAUGUUGAUGAGUGUCUAGGCAGGACCUGUGGCCAUUGCUUGGUUUGAAAAUGUUAAUAUUUGUCUGACUGUAUAGCUGUAGAAAAUGUGAAGUUAAAUACUUUUAGUAUGUGGUAAGUGACUUAAAGCUAGAAAAAACUCUGCUCUGCUGUUUGUACAUAAAUAAUCUGUCCAUUCCAGUUUCAACUUUUUCCCCUUAUUCCUUUGAAAUUGUAUGGUUUACACUAGUGUGGUUCUGAUGUAGACAUUGGCACUUACAACCAAAACUUUUGAGUCAAGUGUUAGAUGGUUGUUUUUCAGUAUUGGGUUAGUCCAAAAACCUGCAGCAUACAGUCUGUGUUAAGCUGUUAAUAAAAGGAAAAAGAAAACUA